AGUCAGAGCCCCAGGCAACGCCGCUGUCAGCUGACGCCAUCAGGGAGGCCAAAGACAGCUCGCCAGAGCCAGCGCCAGCGCGUCCUGAAGCCCCAGAGGAAGCCCCGCCUGCCCAAGACACCACUGUGCCGCUCCCACAGCAACAGGAGGCGGCAGAGCCUGCCGUGCUGGAGAGUUCCAGAUCUAUCGGACGUCCGGUUGCUGCUGCGGUGGCGCAGGCUCCGCUUGUGAGCGCCGAUCAAGCAGCAGGAACGGCCUUUGCUACGGAAAGCAGCUCACAGGAAGAGGCGGUGAGCAUGGCAGCGCAGCCAAGCACUGCUGAGUCAGCCGGGGAGCCUUGUGUGGGAACACCGUUGGGGCAAGGCAGUGCAGGCCCAGCCGGCGGGGACUCGGCGGCAGUCGAAGCGCUGCCAGCGGCCAAAAUUCUGCCAGAGCAGGACAGGCCUGUGCUUCUGACUCCCCGCACACCGCGCGAAGACGCAGGCGGCUCAGCACCGGGGUCUGUAGGGAAGCGGGUGAGGGACCGCGCCAGCUCGCGCCUGAGGCGGCACAUGCCAGGCAAGGGCGGCGGUGCGCUGGCUGACGCCGCCACCCCUGCUGAGCGCAUCAAGCCGAACCCUCAGGUUGAGAGCCUCUUCAGCGAGCUGUCCAAGGCGAUCCCUUGCGGCUUCAUGACGCAGGACUUCAGCAAUGCAGCUGAGGCCUCCACUGACAAGAGCGUACACUCGGCAGCUAACCUCUCGCCCGAGCAGCUCGAGCUGGUGAAGUCGGAUGCAGAGCGGCAUGCUUCGCUGAUCACCAGCCUGUCGAAGGCGAUAUCAGACUUUACUGCGCCCGACAUGACCACCCUGGUGGAGUAUGUGAGAGACACCAGUGCGCGGCUGGGGGUCAUCAUGGCCAAUGAAGCAGCCGUCCUUGAGCAGUUUCCCACUUGGCCCCAGGGCAAAUGGGACUCUCUCUGUGAGGCGGGGGAGGCCUAUAGCGAGCUGAGUCAGUAUGCGCGCAAGGAGAAGCAGUGGCUUCUGCAGCGGGGGACAUGCGAUGAGGAGGUGCAGAAGAUCGAGGCAUUUGUCGACAGGGUCCGCAGCAGGACGCAGCUGCUGGAGGCAAAGCAGGGCGCGUCUGAGGCCCACUGGCAGCUGCAGGGCAUCCCCUGGGAUGGAUCUGUCUACCGCGCCGUGCGCGUCAAUUCCCUCCAUCUCGCAACCCUCUACAUGUCACGGGUGUUGUUUGAGGUGGCGAGCUUGGAGAAGGAGGCUGCACUGCCGCACCAGGCCUGCCUGCGCCACUUGGCCGCCAGCAUCCGUGUGUGCCACAAGAUCCAUGACCUGGCUGGCGGCUUCGAACAGGGCCAGUCGGAGCUCUUUGACAAGGUCCGGCGCCUGGCAAAGUAUUACUUGAGGGUGAUGGACGCCUCCUGGUUCUCAGAGACGGACCAGCAAUAACUCUGCAGAGAGAUUUUAGAGGAUAUGGACAUUGGGUGUGUGAGCGCUGCAGCCUCAACAUCGGGCAAAUCUUCUGGAUCCUGAACUCGAUGGUGAAGAUCAUAUCGUAUGCAUUUUGAGGAUUGCAUCACGCUAUCCACUGCCAUACUUUGGGUGGCAUGCCCGAGAGGGGAAGUUUCAUUCAGUGAUUGAUGUGCAACACAAGAUGCGCAUGGUGACAUUGAACGGGUCCAGUUGCAAAUGUCUCACAGAUACACGUUUGAAAUCCAGCCUUUAUCUGUGC